CGCGGCGCGCGGGCGGCGGCGGCGGGAGCGGCGCGAGAGCGGCUGAGGGCGGCGGCGCUGUUGCCAUGGAGACGAGCGCGCAUCCCUAUUGGCCGCGCGCGCUGGCGUUGCCGGGUUACGUGGCGGGCGCGCGGCCCGGCUGGCAGUGCGCAGGCGCGGUGGCGGCGGCGUCGGCGGCGCUGCUGGCGCUGGGCUGGGCCCUGGGCGGGGCCGGGGGGCGGGCGAAGGGCGGGGCGAAGGGCGGGGCCAGGAGGAGCCCCGCCCGCCGGCUGGUCCUGGGCUGGUUCCUGCUGUGCGCCGGCAUCCAUGGCGUCCUGGAGGGCUACUUCAGCCUCCGGCACCGCGAGCUGCCCGCCGACACCGGGCUGCUGGCCGAAGUCUGGAAGGAAUACGCCAAGGCCGACAGCCGCUACAUGACGAGCGAUGACUUCACGGUUGCCAUGGAGACGGUGACAGCCUGGGCCCUGGGGUUCCCCUGAGCUUCCUCACCUUCCUCGCCCCUCCUGCGGCAGCACCCGGCGCGGUUCAUCCUGCAGCUCGUCGUGUCCCUGGGCCAGCUCUACGGUGACGUGCUGUACUUCGCCACGGCGGCGCGGGCGGGCAGGGCGCACAGCGACCCGCACCCCCUUUAUUUCUGGGGUUACUUCGUGGGGCUCAACGCGCUCUGGCUGCUCGUGCCCGGCCUGCUGCUGCUGGACGCCGGCCACCAGCUGGCCACGGCCCAGCGCGGCCACGACCGGCCCCGCCACAAGGCCCACUGAGGGCAGGGACCCCCCCAAAAAAACCCCCCCCGGCAUGAGGGACCCCCCAAAAAAAACCCCGGAUGAGAGACCCCCCCCACGACCGGCCCCGCCAC